UGGACCAAGACACUUAUAUAUUCCUCCUAACAACAGGACGUAGUGAGAUUCCUAACAACUUGCCAUUCAGCCAAAGCACAAAAUAUAAGAUUCACUUGUGUGUCUGCACACAACAUAUACCAGAAUAAGUAUCCAUACAUAUGAUCAAUAUACUAGAUGACUGAGAAACUCAAAAUACACAGAUACCCAAGCCAAAAAAAAAAAAAAAAAAAAAAAAAAAAAAAAAAAAAAAAAAAAAAAGAUCAACUUAUACAACUGUAAAAAUUAAGGCACAGAAAGAUGAGAGGGUCAGAAGCUGAAAAACAGUGUAAGUAAAAGACUCAAUGGUACUCUUCAAAAGACAGGUAACAUUCAUUCUUCCAGAAACUUGGGAACAGCAGUAAAUGACUUAAAGAAGCAACACUCUGUUGAUUGAUGAAAUCUCAAGGAGAAAGACAGCGAAUAGAAAUCUAUAACAUUUAGAGUUCAGAAAUGACAAUACACAAGAGAUGAGAAGUCAGGCUCAGAAAUUCUGAUACAAAAAGAGAUAGUCACAAUUAGAAACAAACCUGAUAAAAACACAGGAAAUAUUAGGAAAUAGAGCAGAAUUAAAGAGAGACAAAAGAUACCUUCUCUCUCAGGGAUGACACCCCCAACCCCCACUCCAAGGAGAUUCCAUGGGAGAACCCGAACCCCACCUUGAGGUCAUAAUGGCUAAUGGCUGGAGCUCUAAGAAGCCAGGAAGAGCCAGAAGGCAGAAAGCAAACUAUGGUGUCUAGAGAGCCAUGGUUGCCAUGUGCCCCUCCUCUCUGACAUUGGAUGACUUCACCCAACCAUCACCAUCCCCCUCUCCACCAGGGGAAGAAAGGAACAAAAGCCUACCUUGGCACCAACGAUGCCGCCCCACAGAUGCCACCAAGGGGCUACUUGUGGCAUUGCUGGGUGGAGGUCUUCCUGCAGGCUUUGUGGGGCCCUUCUCCAGAAUGGCCUAUCAAGCUUCCCAUCUACCCUCCCUUGAGCUUCUUCUUUGCCGAUGCCUUUUCCACCUUCCCAUCGCCUUUCUUCUCAAACUGCGAGGCUGUCCACUGCUGGGGCCUGCAGGUAAUCGACAGAGAGCCUGGCUCCAUGCCCUCCUCAACGUCCUCAGCAUUGGUUGUGCCUACACCUCUGUCCUGGUUGUGCCUGCUGGCAAUGCAGCCACUGUCCGAAAAGGCUCCUCCACCGUCUGUUCUACACUCCUUGCCCUGUGUAUGGAGAGUCAGCGACUCAGUAGCUAUGACUGGUGUGGCCUGGUUGGCAGCACUCUGGGCUUACUUAUCAUUGUGGGCCCAGGGUUGGGCACUCUACAGAAGGGAUCAGAAGGGGUCUACACAGCCCUCGGCUAUGUAUUGGCUGUCUUGGGUGGCCUUGCCCUUGCCCUGGGGCUGUUGGUUUACAGAUCCCUGGACUUCCCUUCCUCCCUACUGACUGUGGCAUUUCUGUUUGGUGUAGUAGGGCUGAUGGGGGCCUUGCCGGGGCUUUUCCUUUUGCAGACUCCUGUGAUACCCCAUGACCCACUGAGUUGGAGCUGUGUUUGGGCUGUUGGGGUUCUGGCCCUUGUUUCAUUUGUAUGUGCCAGCUAUGCUGUCACCAUGGCCCACCCAGCACUGGUGUGUGCUGUGCUACAUUCUGAGGUGGUGGUGGCACUGAUGCUGCAAUACUAUGUACUCUGUGAGGCUGUGACACCAUUUGACAUCAUGGGGGCAGGCGUUGUAUUAGGUAGCAUUGCCAUCAUCACUGCUCAGAAUCUCAGUUGUGAUCGGGAAGGAGAGGGUCUUAAAGAAUGAGGCUGUGUGUGUGUGUGUGUGUGUGUGUGUGUGUUGGGGGGUACAAAGUUGGGGCUUAGGACUCAAUAUAGAGGAGAAAGUAACUCUCAAUUACAGUAGUAAUUGGGAGUCCAAGAACAAGACAAUGUUGGAAACUUGAUUGAAAUCGCUGAAAACCAAAGACUGGCUCUGGAGGACCUUCGGAAGAGAGGCUUAAAGGAAUAAAAGGGACAAAGCAAACCUGGACUGGGAGGUAAAUAGGAAGGAUCUCAGAAGGCAAGUAGAAGUUGGGUUUUCCAGGUAGGAUAAGAGAUGAAGGGCACACUUUCUAUAUGAAAAUAGGCAGGUGAUUUCCAUUGAGGCUGGAGAAGGGAGAACCCAAAGGAAGACUGUGUGAUAGGGAGUUGCUACGGAUUGACCUGGAAAACUCGCGUGGGAGAGACACAAUGUUAACCUCAAAUUAGGAAAAAUCUAAGUGACUUCUUGGUGUCGUCUCUGCUUUGGGGUUGUGGGGGGUGGGAGGGAUCAGCCAGCCCCUCUCCAAGUGAUCCUGAUUAUUUGUGGAUCGCAAAUCCAUCGCUGUCUCCUAAAAAUAAAAUUUAUUAGUGACGGAAGGGAGCCCCCUGG